AUGGCUGGUCUUGGUCCAGUACCUAGAGUGGAUGGCACGCUGAAAGAGACCUGGCCGCGGGUGCCUGGCUCUAAGAUCAUUGGAACAAUCAAAAUAUACAUGUGUGAAAUUGGUAAGUCUUAUUUGUAAUAGACAAUGCUGUCACUGCUUAAAUUGACUGUCAGAUUUUCUAACAUAAGCAAAAUGAGGGCUGAUUGUUACCUGUCGGCUCCAGCUCUGACGAAAGUGCUUCAGUGGCCUCUCCACCAUUGCUUAUAUCAGUGAUGGACCCUGAUCCAAUCACUGGCAAACAGAGUCAGGCUGGGGUCUGGUUGGCAGCCUCCAGUCUGUGUGCUGCUGUGCUUCGGGGCAGCAACACACUGUUUGGUGACACCAAUACAUGUAUUUAAGCCCUGUUGGAAUCCCCAGUCCGCUCUACAUUAUAAAGAAGCAACAAAUUAAAACUAGAAAAAUUGCAUUUCCUUGCAGAAAACGCAUGGUAAUGCAGAGUGCUGAAAGCUGAAAAAGCAAUAGAAAACUGCUAAUAAAAAAUAAAAGGAGGUUUAAAUGUAAAAUUGGUUAGGUGAAGAAGAAGUGGAAGUUGGAUGAAAGUGAAAACUGUUUAAGUCCAAACAGUAUGAAUGUGCUUCAUAAAUUAAAAUUGCAAUCAUGCUUAAAGAGGCAACAAAAACUGUCUGCAAUUGCAAAAAAAUUGGAUAAGGAAGAAAAUGACCGUAAAACACAGAGAAGUGAGAAGUGGCAUAAGUUUAAGAUUUCAUACGAAAAGAAGUAUGAUAAUAGGUAGUUGUAGUAGUAGUGAUAUUAGUAAUAUUACUAGUAGUUGUAGUGGUAAAUCUGGGAAUCUGUUUGAAGAAUUAAAUAAUGCAUCAAUAAUGAGUGAGUUUAAAAUGGGAAAAAAAUUGAAUAAUUAAAAAUCCUCAAGUAUUAGACAAGGUUGAAGUAUUAGAAAGGUUUGAAUGAGUUUAAAUUUGUCUGAAGAAUUGAAUAAUGUAUUAAUAACAGGAUUACAUUUAAAGUUGGUAAAAUUUAAAUGAAUAAAAAUCCUGAAUACAUUUUUGGAGCCCUGAAUGGUUUCUCUAGGUCAAAGUUUGUGGUAGGAGAUAGGGGCCAAAGUUUUUCAGGUGCUCUGGUGAAGGGUUUAAAUGUAACCCCUAGUGCUCUGUGUAUUGAGCCUGGCUUCAUGUGUCUCAUAUGGCCAUUAGAAGCAGCUUUCCAGUCAGCUGUGUGUCUCCAGGUGCACUGAUUGGUUGCCAUGGCGAAGGAAGAUGUGUCACUGCAGCAGGAGAGAGGAGGCUUAAAGCAGACACACACGCACAUACAUUGUCAGACUGUGUGUGUGUGUGUCUCGUUAAUGAUUGCAUCUAAACAGGUGUCAGACAUCAAAAGCAUUAAUUUACCUACUGUUUGAAUGAGAAGCUGCCUAACUGCAGUGAAUUUAGGGCCUCUGAACUUCUUCACCUCGCUCUGUCAGCUAAAAACUUUUUUGUGAAACUUGCUUAUAUAUGUAAACUCUGAGUGUAUUCUCACUUUGUAGGUCUUUUCUCAUAGACCUCACAAAGCAGCAAGUACAAGAAUGUGUGUGUGUGCGUUAAUUAAUGCAUCUCAACAGGUGUCAGACAUCAAAGGCAUUAACUGACCUACUGUUUGAAUGAGAAGCUGCCUAACUGCAGUGAAUUUAGGGCCUCUGAACUUCUUCACCUCGCUCUGUCAGCUAAAAACUUUUUUUGUGAAACUUGCUUAUAUAUGUAAACUCAGUGAGUGUAUUCUCACUUUGUAGGUCUUUUCUCAUAGACCUCACAAAGCAGCAAGUACAAGAAUGUGUGUGUGUGUGUGUGUGUGUGUGUGUUAAUUAAUGCAUCUUCAACAGGUGUCAGACAUCAAAGGCAUUAACUGACCUACUGUUUGAAUGAGAAGCUGCCUAACUGCAGUGAAUUUAGGGCCUCUGAACUUCUUCACCUCGCUCUGUCAGCUAAAAACUUUUUUUGUGAAACUUGCUUAUAUAUGUAAACUCAGUGAGUGUAUUCUCACUUUGUAGGUCUUUUCUCAUAGACCUCACAAAGCAGCAAGUACAAGAAUGUGUGUGUGUGCGUUAAUUAAUGCAUCUCAACAGGUGUCAGACAUCAAAGGCAUUAACUGACCUACUGUUUGAAUGAGAGGCUGCCUAACUGCAGUGGAUUUAGGGCCUCUGAACUUCUUCACAUAGCGUGAUUUCCUUAAAUCCCAGAAUGAAAAUAAUUUUGUACAAUCCUCAGCCCUUCAUGAACACAAUGAUGUGUUUUUCAUGUCUGUACUCUUAAAAAUGUGGCCACAACAGCGAGUUAAAAAGGUCUGAGCCCGAGUAAUGAUCAGGAUUUUCUGGGAGAGAGAUUAAAUUAGGGUUAAUGGGAGGAAUCUUUGCCUUUUUGGACAGUUGGUCACCUGCUGGCCAAGGGGCACGAUUAAAUGAUUUGAAACCUCUUUUGUGAGAAGCAGGACACAUAUACCUCCAUUUUGAUGUAUUUUUUAUGGCUGUGGAGUGAAAUUUGUGGGUGUGGGAGCGAUAUAUUCGAGCGUGCUUCUGUCGAUCCAAGAGGAGCUCUGCACUCUAGUGAUGACAUCAAACACUCUAGCUUCUUCAAUACACACCCAUUAUAAAGCCUGAAAUUUGCUGAAAACCACGAGUUGCUUAAAGCUAAAUUGUGGGAAAACUGUAAAGAUAUCAAAAAAUUGAAUAAAACAUUAACAGUUGACAAGAUAAUGAACAUUUUAAAGCAAAAAUGAGGUCUCUAGGUGAAAGUAUGCUGAAGUUAUAAGGCUUUGAAGGUGGAAGAAUAAAAGGAGGAAUUGGAAGAUUUCCCCAUUGAUUUCAAUGUUAAAAUGUUGGCACAAAAAGUAAAAAAAAACAAAAAGUAUAAAGGGUAGAAAGGUAAAAAAAAAUACAAGCACACAUGUUCUGAAGGAGUGGAACAGUUUACAAUUAGAAUGGUUGAAAUAGCACAAAGUUUGAAGGAGUUGAAAAGCGGCAAAAAUCGGCGGAAGAAUAAGAAGAACUAGGGCCGCCUCCCCCUCCCGAUCGCGUCACACUCAAGGUCCAAAGAUGGUGUGCGCACUUGUCUGUGGUCAUUUCCCGUUUUAAUGAAUGGGAGGCGCAGUUUCUACCAAAACGCUCGCUACAGACAAACUACAUGUCCUAUUUGAAAAAAGUCUGGACCAUGAGUGAGGGCACAAACACAGCUAGGAUAUAUCCAAAUGGCAAGUUGCUCCUCCUUUCGGUUUUGCUGGGAGAGCGAUGCGUUUGAGCCAUUGAGCAACGGGCAGGAAAAACUUGAUUUUUCUCCUGCCAUGGGGGGGGCGCUCUUCUGGGGAGAAGAAAAUUCCUUCACAAAUGUGUUGAUGGCUGGACAUUGCAUCAUCCUAGAAAACUUGGAGGCCAGUGAGGACAGACAUAAAAAGUUAUAAGACUUUUAAGAAUGUGGAUAUUUGGGUCAUCUUUGGCGCCCCCUAGAACCUCAACCGUGGGGUGCAGUGUCAUGAUUUGUACAACUUUGAAUGGCCAUGGGGUGUAGAUUGGCCUGAGCAAAUUUGGUGCCGGUUGGACUAAACCUUUAGGAGGAGUUAGCCACAUUCCAAUGUGUGCGAAUCGGCAAAAAAUGCGAAAUAGCCCUUUAACCGUACAUUUGACAGAUAUGCCCACGCUGACUUUUUCGUAGACCUUAUUGAGAUACACGUGUGUGUCAAAAUGACAAAGCGUACAGGCGUGACACUCAAUAAUGUGAAUUUUCACCUUAGGGGGCGCUAUGGAGCCAUUUUACAUUUUAUUGUUUGUGCGACUUAACAAUAUCGAAUUGUUCACCAGGCCCGGUCUUCCUGCCAAAUUUCAUGAGUUUUUGCCAGUGGGAAGUGGGUCAUUUUGCCCUUCAAAGGGGAGGAAAAACUAGGGCCCCGUUGGGGCACUGGCGGGCCCUCCCCGCGUUGCGCCGCCCCCAACGCGAUCGCCUCCCCGUCCCAUUCGCGUCCUCUGGCCAUCGCCCUCUCUGGUAACGCCCAUCACUGCAAAGACCCUUUUCCUUCAUCGGCGUUUCCUGUUCUUCCUGCCAGUGCGUGUCGCUUUCACUUACACUUGCCACAGCCAGCCUCGUGAGUGCCUGACCUGGUUUGACCUUUGCUCACCAUGAUUGUGUGACCUUGGUAUCGGCUACUUGGGAAGUUCCACUGUCGUGGCAAAGCUUUGUUUGCGUGCUGUGCUCAACCACCUAUUUUCUAUGGAUGUGUAAGUAAACCACUUUCAUUUCUUACACAAUGACACAGUCAUACUUAUCAUUCACUGUUACUGAUGUGCUCUGUUUGUAUGCAUGCAGGAAACCUGAUGAAUGAAGAAAUCACCAGACUUGCCAACAUCUUAAAGGGGACCUGCCACAAAAAGUGCAUUUUUUCAUUUUUGUGUGUCAGAUAAGGUCCAUAUCAUGUUCGUUCUAUGUUGAAAAUGUGAAAAAAAACCGUUACGUCAUUUGCAUUCUGUAGAGAUUUAAAAUUUAAGGAUGGGUAAACCAGGCCAAUUGAAAAAGCAGGUCGGUGUUACGUUGCACCGACCUUGCUCAUUAUUAUUCAUGAGCGCACCCUCGGUGAGCCGCGCCCACGACGUCCGCGGUCUGCAUGAUAGCGAAGUGCAAAGUGGUAGUGUUAGCAAUGGCUGAACGACAGCGGUAUUGCGCGCUUUGCAAAAGCCGAACCAGGACAUUACACGCGCUGCCCAAAGACCCUGAGUUAAUAGGAAAAUGGCUGGAGAUUAUUUUUGGAUGCAAACCAGAACGCUAUAGCUCCAAGUUAAGCGUAUGUGCCCAGCAUUUCAAGGAGACGGACUUCACCAACUUCGGCCAGUUUCACAGUGGCUUUGCAGACAAGUUGCUGUUGAAGCCUGAAGCCGUGCCAUCACGACUGUCCAUAAGUAAAACACUUUUUUUUUGCAUGAACUAAUAGUAGUUUUAUUUGUCGGGGGCGUACGAAGUCAUAGUCAUCAUCACGCUCCAGACAGAGCCAGACUCAGCUACCACUGUACCCGCUAUGGGUCUCUUCCAAACGACCGGUGUUUCCUUGGGUUCACUGCCGGGAAAAUGAACUUGUAGCUGGGCAGAAUGAAUGAAACACCGCUGGAGCACCGAAACUAGUUCGGAUCGUCACAACAUUUCUGUAGCGCAGAACGCUAUGUGUCUCAAAAAUGCACAUACGGAGGUGUGCUUGGGUAUAUAAACUGUACAGUAAACUGUCAAGCUAGCAUACAUUAUAUUUUUGGGACAGCAAAUAUUCUGAAUCAGAGGGCUAUUUUUUCGGCUUAUCUGAAUAGCCUGAGUGAAAUUAUUAAAGGCACACGCUUUGAAUUCAUCCAAUGGUAAGGAAAAGUUGGAUUAUUUUCGCCCUGUUAAGUACUUUCAACCGCGCUCCCAUCGGGGGUGCAUUCUACGGCGGGGGUGCUUUCUACGGCACAACACCGGCCCACCGGGAAUUGUCCCGGUCCUCCCGAUUAGCCACUCCGAGCCUGGUACAUUAGCACGUUCUUUGAACAGGUUGUUGAAAAUAUAUAUGUUGUUUCACACACUUUGUGUGUUGACUCUCUCUCUCUCUCUCUUUCUGUGUGUUUAUGUCAAUCAGACCACCUCAGGGACAACACUGAGGUUCAAGUAUGCGUCUUGCCAAACAGACCCACCCAGUCUGUGUAACAGGGGUACACAGCUCUCAGUUGGUACAUUGCGCCAUCAUGUGAAAAGUAGAGGUUUGUGAUUUCUUUCAUUUUGCAACCACUCUCUUGUGCCUAGUUUAACUCUUAUGUUCUAACUUCUGUUCUGAAUAUGUGGUGUUGACAAUAAUAAUAUAAAGUAAUAGUGGUAAAAUAAUAUUAUUUUAAUUGUGUAUUAUUUCUAAUAGUGUAUUAUUUUAAUAGUAAUACUGAUAAAAUGCAUUGCAAAUACAGGCACUCAAACUACAGCAGCGAGUGAGACUACAGCUACCACUGAUGAGACUCUGACCUAUACGCCGAUCAGGCCACGGCCAGCUAAAAGGCGUCGGUUAGCUGUGGAGGAGGAAGACGAAGGGGAAGACUCCUCAGUGAUCCCGCCACCACUUGACUCUACAUAUGAGCCUGACCAAACAAUGACAGAUGUAUCAGAGUCCUCAAAGAUUGUGUAA